AUGGCCACUGCACUACCUACCGAAUCGAAAAACAAUUUAAAGCAUGUUGAAUGGAUGUGGAAAUCGAAUCCAAAUCCAUGGUCAAAAUCUGAGCCUGCUCAAUGGAGUCAUUAUUCAGAUGUAGAAAAUUUAAUUAUUGAAGAAGCAUUCUUAGACAAGAAACCAAAAGCUAUUUUGGAUGAUUAUUACAUCGAUUUUCAAGAUAAUCUGCAAGUAUUAAACACUGAUUAUAAUAGGCGAAGACCAGUUAAACGAGUCGUACGUAAUAGAGAAGAUAAACAUUUAAGAGAAACACGUUUUAUGGAUCUUCCUACUACUUCGGCACGUUCAUUCGGAGGUCAAUAUGGUUGGGUAUCACCAUUUGUAGUCGAAGUUCGACGAGAUUUGCGUAUUAAACCUAAUGAAUCGCCAUCAAAAAAGCCAGAUAUGAUUCCAACGCUUGUUGAAAAGGCUGCUAAUGGUAUAAUUGAAGAAGGAAAAUAUCUUGGAAAAGAACGAGAAGCUGAAAAAAUGGCCAAUAUGCUUAGAGAAAAGAAAAACAAAGAUAUGAAAGAAGUAUGGAAAUGUUGUGCUUAUCUUUAUUCUUUGGAAAGUUUUCUAUAUCAAAGUUUGAAUGCAGCUAUGAGAUUAGUAGGAGACAAAGAUAAAGAAGAUGAAUGGAGAAGUAAAAUUCGUACAUUGGGUCCAUUUUGUUUAUUACUUUGGGAUGAUCCAAUUCAUAUAAAAAUGAAAACUGAUA